AUGAACCAAAUUAAGUUUGAGAGCCUGAACAUUUCUAAGGAAGAGUUGAGAAUCUCAAAUUGUUUACCAGCUGGACAAUCCUUUUCUUGGAGAAAAGUGUCAAAUAGCUCUUUUGUUGGAAUUCUUGGGCACAGAGUAUUUGAGCUUAAAGAACUUGAAAAUGAUACACUUUUUAGAUGCCUUCAUGAUGGGUGUAGUCAAGCAAUCAAAGAUGAACAGUUAGAUAAUAAAGAGAUUGAGAAUAUUCCAUUGAAGAAAAAUAGGGUAAUUCAAGAUGAUGAAAAAGUACCAGUAUCAAAUUUAGAUAAUAGUCUAUUAAAAAAAGAGGGUUUGGGUAGUAUAUCCACAUUUUAUUGUUGCAAAUCAACUCCAAAUGAACAUAUCAGACAUUACUUGAAUUUGGAUUUCAACUGGGAAAAUGAAUCAAAAAUUGCUGAACUUGAAAAUUCAAUACAUUCGCUUUCUGAGGCUUAUAUAAAUUGGAAUAAAGCAGAUUCCUGUAUAUCAUCUUCUCCUAAAGGAAUUCGACUUUUGAAUAUUGAUCCAAUUGAAGCUCUUUUUGUUGGCGUAAUUACUGCAAAUAACAAUAUCUCAAGGAUUACAUCCAUAGUAAAAAAUAUUAGAAGAAAUUUUGGAACAUUCCUGUGCAAUAUGAGUGACUCUGAAAUAGUUUCUUCUGAUGAAAUUGAAAGUAAAAUAGAUAAAGAUUAUCAAUAUUUUUCAUUUCCAAGCUCCUUACAAAUAUUAAAUAACGCUUCAGAAGAGAUAUUAAAAGAACAAUGCGGAGUGGGAUACCGUGCAAAGAGUAUUAUUUUAAUUUCAAAAGAACUGAAUCAAAUGUUUAAGAAUGAUGGGUUGUUUGUUGAUUAUAUUAAAUCAUUGGAUUACUCGAAGGCCACUUUAUUUCUUCAAAGGUUCCAUGGGAUUGGGCAAAAAGUUGCAGACUUUGUGCUUUUGUCUGGGUUUGGAUUUUCUGCUGCUGUUCCAGUAGAUACUCACAUUCUCAAAUACAUCUGCAAACAUAUGAAAUGCCUUAAUAAUUCUUCUUCAUUAAGCAAAAACAAAUAUGUGAUGGGAGCUCAGUUUUUCAGAGAAAGGUUUCGUUUGCUUCCUGGAUGGGCCCAACUGGUUCUAUUUAGUUCCUCAGUUUUAAAGUAA